UCAGGGGUGCUGAUGGCGGGGCGCGGCUGCUGAGGAAUGUCGGCUGCGGCUUGUGGCGGAGCAGAGCUGGCACAGGCCGGGGUGGGACAGUGCGACUUGGCGUAGGAAAAGCCGGGGCUUAUUGUUGCCCCGCGCUGGGAACGCUGAGGGAAGAGCCCGUGAGGAAGGACUCGGCGUGGCGUCCAGAAGAGAACUGUACUCCUGGAAGAUGAAGAUUCUUUGGGGAAUUCAUGCUAAUGCACUGGCCUAUUCUAUGACUACCUUAGGUGCUGGAAUGAUGAACAGCAUUUUUAAUUUCUACUAUGUUAAGCUUUUCCUAAACCGAUACAAAAUUUCAGAAACAGGAUUUCAUGUGGCACAGAGGAAUGACAGUGGUGACAAACUCCCUUGUUUGUGCCAGGUCGUGUUUAUGGUCUGGAACGCCGUCAAUGAUCCCCUUUUUGGGUACAUUCAGGACAACUCCCGGCUGAAGUGCUGCGCGCGGCGCCAGUUCUCCAUCCUGUACGGAGCCCCCCUGUACGGCCUGGCCUUCCUGCUGCCCUGGUUCCCCUGGAGGCUCUAUGGGGAGGGCGACUGGCUCUGCAGCCUGCACCUCAUCGUGGCCCUGUGUGCCUUUGACGGGCUGCUGACCUUCGUGCUGCUGGCGCAGUGCGCGCUCUUCGCCGAGAGCUGCCCCCGGCACGACAGCAGGCUCAGGCUCAUCAAGUACAGCCAGGUGGCCACGCUGCUGGGCUCCACCAGCGUGCUCUUCUGUGGGCUCAUAUCUGAUAAUAUGGAAAACUUUGGGUAUUUUCAGGUUUUCGUUGUUUUGGUCGCAGCGCUGGCCACAGCUUGUAUGUGUUGCACAGGUAAAUACAGCACGAGUCAGUAUGAGCAGAGGGAAGGUCACAUGGAGGGUGCUAAUCUGGAAAAUGGUAAUGGAGCUUUCUCCUUGGCCUCAGUGGUUUCAUUGACCAAACAGAUCAUGACAGAGAAGAACUUUCUGUGUUUUGUAACAAUGAACUUCUUCCAAGUCUUCCACCUAGCAUUCUACAACAAUUUCAUGAUGAUCUUCGCGGAUAAUCUCAUUCCUAAGGAUGUCCUUUCUUCCUCAGUAAGAAGUAUCAUGUAUGGAGCAGGUUUUAUUUGUCCUCAGUGCCUUGUUCUUCUUAGUCAUGCUUGGUUGAAGAAGUUUGGUUAUUACAGAAUCAUCUUAUUUUCCUUUUACUAUGAAGGAGUAGCUGCUGCUGUCAUGUGUCUUCUAGGGCAAGAACACCAUUAUCUGCUGGCAGUUUAUGUCACAACAAACAUGGUAAUUGUGCAAGCUUCAUUUAGCUUGUUCAAUUUGCCUUUGGCAGAUAUUGUUGAUGCAGAUUUAAUAAAGCACAAGAGGAGAUUACCACUUUCCUCUAUGGUUUUUGGUACCAAUGCUUUAUUUACCAAGCCUGCCCAAUCUUUGGCUCCAAUGAUUGUGCUUACAAUACUGAAUCAUUAUGGAUAUUAUAACCUGAAUAAUGUACCUGGUCGUCCUGAUAUAAGCAGGUCAUUUUUAGAUCUCCAUGAUGCCAUGUUCUACCUGGUCUGUCUGGUUCCCUUCUGCAUUGCAUUCCUACAGAUCCUCACCUGGACUCCCUUUUCCAUCCAGAACAGCCACCUGGCAGCUCCACAGUAAAUAUGGAACAGUGGUCAGUGCUUCUCCUGCUGAACCACAAGACAGUUCAGUAAGUUUUUCAUGUGAGAGAGCAAAAUUGCAAGAUGAAACACAGUCUGAGCUGUUUCAUUCAGUCUCUACAGACUGUGACUCAUAUUCAGCCCUAAUGCUGAGCCUACACAAGUUUUUCCUGGUUCACUUGCUUUCUGUUAAUGGGUUUUAUCCUUAAUUACUUUAUUUAAAGUAAUUUCUGGUAUCUAAUGAUUCCUGUUAACUCACUUGAAGAAAGGAUGUGGCAGAUCAGGGAAAGGGAUCCCAACCCAGCACCUGGAAUUCCAGGGAGCUGUCUUUUCUGAAGCCUACUGGUGGAUUCAUUUUGCCAUGCUGAUGAAAUGGCAGAUCUCUGCAGUUAAUCUGGGAGAUCUCAGUGGAUCCAUCCCUCAUGGAUGGCAGGGAGAUAAAAUUUAGAUGGUGUCUAGGUGGCCAGUGUCAAGACAAAUCUAACAGCUACCAAGAGAAUUAACUACCCUGUGAAAGUCUGUGUAAGGCUGAAGGAGAAGAGGAUUCAGAUGCUGUUCAGUGUUGUUCAGUAUGGAAAAAGCUCAGGAAGUCCUCACUGGCUUUCAGAACCUCUGGUUGGUGAAAGGUCAGUGCAGUUUUUAAAUGGGAAAAUAAUUUUGAAGGUAUGCUAUAGAUAGUGCCUCAUACAGAAUGUCAUUGUGGCAAGGACAGCAUCUGUCUGUGGCUGUAGGGUUCAGCUCUUGGACACAUGGAGGCACACACAGUGACUAA